ACUGCCUCUCCGUGUCCAACUCGCGUUUUAUAAUCAAAGGAGAUUCUCCAUAUAAAAUUAUACUUGCAUCACGCACUCUACACUAGUAGUUGUUGUAGCCCACAGUGAGAAAAAAGAAAUUAUAACAAUCACAUUCAACUUUAAUUAGCUUACUCAAAUUCAAGUUUAUGUCAAGAAAUUACAAGGUAUAAAUUUUGCGUUUUACAACUUUUAAGGAUGAAUUAGUGAGUCAUAAUCGAACAACGAUGUUGUUUUACAUUCGUCGUGCGGCUUCAAAGUUAUGGAGGAGAAUUUGUAUGGAGACUUCAAUAGAAAUCAAUCUUCUUGCGUAGAAAUGGAAGUAUAUUCUUGGAGGUUUGAUAUUUCAGUACGUACAUGGAGUUGCUGCUCGAGGUGGUCACUACAUACAUCGGCCUGGACCUACUCUUCAGGAUGUCGGCUUCUUUCUUCUUCCGGAGCUUGGGCAAGACAAAGGUUACAUAAGUGAAACUGUAUUCACCACACUCUUUCUGUCUUUUGUCUUAUGGACAUUCCAUCCUUUCAUUUUCAAGAUCAAGAAGACCUAUACAGUUCUGAUAUGGUGCAGGGUGUUGGCUUUCUUGGCUGCUUGUCAGUUCCUUCGAAUCAUCACAUUCUACUCUACACAGCUUCCUGGUCCAAACUAUCAUUGUCGUGAGGGUUCAAAGCUUGCCACAUUGCCUCCUCCAAAUAGUGUUUUAGAAGUUCUAUUAAUUAAUUUUCCUCGGGGCGUGCUUUACGGUUGUGGUGAUCUGAUAUUUUCAUCUCAUAUGAUAUUCGCUCUAGUUUUUGUGCGGACAUAUCAUAAAUACGGGAGAGGAAGGUUUAUAAAACUGUGUGCUUGGUUAGCUGUUAUUGCUCAGAGCAUCUUGAUUGUUGCGUCCCGUAAACAAUACACUGUGGACGUUGUUGUGGCAUGGUACACUGUUAAUCUAGUAGUUUUCUUCGUUGAUAAACAGUUGCCAGAACUGUUGGACCGCACUAGUGCAGCAUUGUCAAUUACCCUGAGCAAAGAUAGCAAGACUAAGGAAGAGAAUCACAAACUUCUGAAUGGAAAUUCUGGAGAUCCUGCAGAAUGGGUAUAGAGAAGCAUCCUGGAUUGUGUAUAAAUGUGCAGAAUCCAAAGAUGGGAGCACUGUGCAUGUUGAAGGAGUAACGAACAGUGUAUAUACGAUACAUGGAGUGCAACUAACCGAAGCUGGUAAAAGGCACUUCUGUCCAAUAUAAUUACAAGGUUGGUUUGACAAAUGAUUCCUGAUGUUCCUCCAAGUUCAGUAGUUCUGGUUUAUAGCGUUGGAUACAAAAUCAAAGGUCAAUGUUGUUGAUGUCUCCAUGUUCCCUUUGGUUAAAAAUUAUCAAAUGUAUAAACGGAUUCCAUUUUUGGUCAAUAAAUUAUCUUUUUAGUUUUGUA